UGUGAUCCGUGUUUUUAAUUGUAGACAGGUAUCUGUCAGAAGCGUUUUUUUAAAUAAUAGGAUUUGGGGACGUCUGGUCACUUUGCUUCGAAAUGUUUUGCGAGGAAGCAUUUGGGUUAAUUCCAUUUAUACUUGUCAGUUCAAACUGUUGAACGUUGCUAUAUGAUAUUACAUUAUUUUUUGGACGUACGUUAUGGCGUUCCCUCUUCCCAAUAAUCCAUACUUCUCAACAUCACCUCUGGCAGAUGUGGCUGAAUUCAGACAGAAUCUAGUUUCACGAAUUUUCGGAAGACCUCAGGACUAUGAUCUUUCACUCGCACCAUCGCAAUCACCUGAACUACUUCGUAGAUCUGAUCUUGUAAAUCCCCAAAAAACUCUAUGUACACCUAACAAUUUAUUAAAUUCUCCAGGUUGGUUUCAGCAUGCUCUUGCAUCCAGUCUUCAAAUGGGUCUUUUGUCUCUACCACGGUACAUGCUCAAGGACAUUUACUUACCACCUUUACCUUCCCAACCUCUUAAUAUGAGGUUGCCCCGAGCUACGAACAUACAUGCACCUUUUGAACCAUCAGUACCCGAAGUAAAACCAAAGAUCACUAGUAAAUGUGCAUCUCGACCAGAACAUUCUCGUUCCUCUUCAUUUAAUGAUUGUGAGAAUUUCUUUGCUUGUCGUCAACCUACAGUUCGGCCUACAUUAAAAAGACAAUCAGAGAGACCAAAGACAAAUUGGGGUUCAAAUAGUACAUCUAAUCCUCUUGCGUCAGUUGAAUCCCAAGAUACUGGUACUUUAGUUCCCAGUCUGAUUGACGGUGAAGUCAUAAUGGGAUUUAAUGUUUGGGGCGAAAAACGAUUAUGUUUACCACAUUUAUUUCGUUUUGUGCUACACGAUGUGGAUUUGCAGAUCAUAGAUAAGGCAUGUACAAAGCUUCAAAUAGCAUGCACAACGUGUACUCCAGCUCAAUUAAGUCUGUUACAUUCACGCCAAAUACUUCCUCGUACUGUCGGUAGUUGUGGUCUAAUUCGUAAAAGUGAUGCAGAAAGGUUGACCAAGUAUAUUCGUCAUCAAAAUAUGUGUCUGGAGGGAUCUAAUUGUGAAGAGAGUUCAACAUGUAAAUCUCCAAUUAAUCCCUGUAUUGGUGAAGAUUCUGAAAUGAAAACUACUACUGGUAUGGGCUUUAUUAAGGACCAUCGACAACUGAGCCCUGUUUCAACUGACACUUCUAAAUCAACUAAAUCAGUAGAUAAUGCACAGUCAGCAGACCGCUUAGAUUCUGGUCAUGAUGAAAACCAGCCCGAGAAUAAUUGUAAAAAUGCUGUGGAAUCUAGUGUUAUUCCAGUAAUACAUGAAUGUUUUGGACGACAGUUGGGAUUAAUAUAUCCGAAUAUGUAUAAGGAACCUUAUUCAAAAUGUAUCAAGUGUGUCACAUGUUGUCGAUAUUUUUCUCCUGAGCAGUUUGUUGGACAUACACAUACCGUCACUGAGGUUGAUAAUUUAAACCAUUGGGGUUUUGAUUCUACCAACUGGCGGUGUUAUCUUCGUUUGUACACGGGUCGUCGGUUAAAUGUGAAUGCUAAUUCUAUUCUUUCCAAUAUUAAUACUGUGCGUGGUCAUGAAGUUGUUGGGAAAUCUAAUACCAAAGAACCUGUGGUUGCUGUAGACGCUCAUCGUCGCCUGGAAGAAUUCAAAAUUAAGUUUGCACAGCCUAUUAAGCUACCCCCAUCCUUAGGUGCAGCUUUACGAAGUGUGGGAUUAUGUGCAUCUGUGGCUCCAUUUCCUGCUGGUACAACUAACUCACAGCAUUCUCAAACUUCUGAAGCUUCCAUAUGUGAACAAAUUUCAGCCCUGAUACGAAAAACUAGCCAGUCGAAAACUCAUCAGUUCCUCCCUCUACGGCCAAAUAAAGCACUUGAUCAGACAAUAAUCAGUACUUCAGCUAAUUCAGCCCCAAAUCAAUCCUCCCCUUCCAAUAUGAUGCUGCCCCAGCUAACACUACGUCGUCUAUGGGCACCAAACGAUGGUCGAAUUAAACUUCCACCUCCACCUAGGUUACUGACAAGCUGUGAGAUAAAAUCUCUUCCAGAAAAGUUUCGUACUGGACCUCCAUUAUUAUUACAUUCUCAUCGAGUUGUCACUCAGGAUGCUGCACAUCAUUAUGAUCGUGAUUUUAUACCAAAUGUUUGUCUGAAACCGUUCAAUGGGACUGAUAGUAAAAACAUUGCUAGAUCAUCAUCAAGUCGGAGACGUCGGCAUAGGCGUUCACUACGCAAGCAAAGUGAAGGAGAUUCUAUUCAGGACUCCAGAUCCCGUUCUUGCAGUGAAUAUAGCUCAGGUUCAAGAAGUAGUCGUACUCGAAGUUCUAGUGCUAGCAGUACUAGUAGCAGUCGGUGUAGUUGCAAUAAAAUUACUGGAAAUUUAGAUAUUCCAGAUUUUCGGUGGAAUCAAAAUAAGCCAUCUUGCAAUUGUAACCAUAAUUCUACGUCUCCUAAACACAAUGCUCACAGAACUACUGAUGGGCUAAAAUCAUGUGAUUCUAUGUGCGUCAAGAAGAAUCCUUCCAAUUCAUGUUCACCUAGAUUAUCUAGGGCACGUUCACUCAGCGGAAGUGUCAACAAAUUUAAAAGACUCCGAAGGACAUCUUCUUGUCCAGUGUUUUACUCCAUCCGACAAACAAGCACGCUAAAUAACAUUGAGUGUUCCGAUGAUAAGCAUAAUAGAAAAAAGUUGACGAACUCAACAUCAACUUUUAAAGCAUAUCAAAAGAAAUCCGCCCCACCUCAUAUGGAUAAGAGUGGAAUUAAACAACGUUGUAAAGCAAUGGCUGCCGCACGUGCUGCACAAGGCGCAGCUAGUCGAACUGGCCCAGGUUUAUGGGCACGACAUUUUAUUAAUGUACAGAAUUCUAAUGGAGAUUCUAUGAAAUUACCAAAUGCUAGACGAUCUGUCUCUCAUACAGUCGAUACCCAUAAUCCUUAUUCAAAUCCAGUGAAUAAUACUCCAGUAUUAGUGACAAAUCCAAUGAAAAAUAGUCUACCUGCUGCGGUUUUAGCUUUAGAAGCGAUUUGGGCAGAUUUAGUUCGACUUAUCAAUGAAUAUACAAUUGCAGUUGAAUCAAGGUCUGGUGUAGACGCAGCACGUCAAAGGCUGUUUGAGCAAUUCAUAUCUAUGCAAACUUGUUAUGCUACACAUAUAGCAUCAUUGAUGGAUGAAAAUCAAAAACUCCAUGAGAAGCUUACACAAACUCAAACUCAACUACUACAUUGUCAGCCUCAAUUACAAGGCUUUGUUACAAAUAAUAAUAAUAAUACAUCAAUGCCACUUAUGUCGAAUAACGCACCACUUGCAUCAUCUCAACCACCACUUCUAUCUACGAUAACAACUUCAUCCACAUCCACAACCUCUGCUGGAAAUCAGAACCAAUUUCACCCUUUUGAUACAGAAUUAGAUAAUAAGUCUGGGUCCAACAACAGAUCAGAUGAUAUGUUGAUUCACUCUGUUAUCCAAAAUAAUAAUAAUGUCAAUAAUUAUGACGGUAACAACAAUAACUUGUCUCGUUUAUCACGAAACGAUUUUUCACCGUUGAUUAUUGAUCCAACGCGAAUUAUCUCUUCAAUCAAUAAACUCAAAUCAAUGAAUUCUGACGAUGAGACACAUUUGAGAAUUGCUUCUGCUAUGAAUACAACUGCUUCUAUUACUUCUAAUCCACAUCAUAAACAUCAUUUCACUUCUAAUAAUUCUAUGACUGAUCCAGGUAAUUCAUCAUCUAGAUACUUAACUAUGGCAUCAUCUAUGCUAUCUUCAAAUUUAAAGCGUAAAGUUGAUUCGUCAAAUAAUUUGGAUUUUGAUAUUCAUCGUUCAAUGUCAUCAUCUUCAUUGCCUAGUGUACAGGAUCGUUUAGAUUCUAACGUUUGUCCUGAAACUCUGCAAUCAUCCAGUAAUCCAAGUCCUUUAGAAGGUGGACGCAGUCACAGUUCAUCUACACCAACUGCUUCCGAAACAGAUAGUCUCACAAGGGAUCCUGUUGAUGAUCCAAGUGAAGAAAUAAAUCAUUUAGAAUUUCAAAAUCCAAAUCCUCGUAUAAAUAUUGAAGGUGAUACAAAUGAGUCAAAUGUAUGGACAAAAACUUUGCCAACGUUAGAUAAAUCUUCAAUGUUAUGGGAUCAACAUCAGAAUCCUGUCAGAAAUCUUAGCGAUUUAACUGCUAAUUGUAUGAGUAAACAUCGUGACACAUCGCUAAUAGAUACAACACCGCCUAAUCAAACUGUUUAUUCACAUCAACCAAAAAAGCGGCGUACAUUAAAUAGUCAUAUAUUUGCCGCCACAAACAGCAAUAUUAAUAGUGGUAAUAAUAAUAAUAAAUGUAACAAAUAAACUGCUCACGCACACUUUUUUCCUCUAUCAUUAAAACAACUUUGUAUCUUCCUCAUUUAUACACGCACAUGCACUAUUAUGUGGCUGAAUUUUUGUUAUAACACAUAGUGCGUAGAAUUUCACAAAAGAUGACCAUUUAUCAUGACACUAACAAAAUAAUUUCGACUGAGAUAUUUCCUGCCACCCCUUCUAAUUGAUCACACGCACACAGAUGCACUCAAAUUUAUACGUGUUUGACUGAAAUUAUUUGGUUUCUUUUUGAUAUCUCCUCAUCGUGAAACAAAGCUGCCAUAUUUAUUGUGUACGAAAAAAGCUACUCUUGAUCCAUUCAUUUUCUGCUCGUGUGUGUGAAAGGAAGAAAUAUGAAUUCGAUGUAAAAUUCUUAGAAAAGACUAUCUCCAUUUUUACUAAUUGUUUCCUCCUUUUACAUUGUGAUUCUACCUUCGUGAUGGUUUAAAUAAUGAAAUAAAAGAGCGAGGAAUAAGUUCUGACCUCACCUAACAUUUUCUCUUCAAUAAAAGAAUAAAUGUAAAGAAUAAGUAAGCAGGAUAAUGAAAAUGGUUGUACACAUGGUUCUUCAACAUUUUAAUAACGUAAAUUUGUGUGCAAAAAUGCAGGCUGAUCGCUUCUCAAAUUCUUCAAUGACAUAUUACUAACUGGUACCAUUAACAUUACAACUACUGCUACCAAGAAUUAAAACCUUGUUUUCUGUUUGAAUAUUUUAUUUACAUACAUUCUGCCAGUGUGCGUAUGUGUAUAGCUGAUUUAUCUUUUAUUUCUAAUAUUCACCUUUGUGUUUUCCCCCUUUCUCGUCAUUUCUUGUCCUUUAUUAUCUCAGAUUCACAUUCUUAACUAUUGUAACUUGUUUAUCUUCUGUACACACACACACACACGCUUUUUGAUUUAAACUUACUUUAGGUGGUUAUUAACUCUCCUAGUUAUCAUUUUUAUUGUAUUGUCAUUAUUUUCUCAAGGAAAUGUUUUUUGUCCUAACAGACACAAGCUCAGAUGGAUUAUAUUGUUAUAUUAAUACUAUUAUUAUUAUUAUGCAUUUCGUUGAAGUUUUUGAGUUCUUUUUUUAUCCUCUUAGUGUUUGUACCCUUCUACUCUGCGCCACUUCAGUACAUAAAUUUUAUUUUAAAUUUCUAUAGUUUUCUUCAAAUUUCCUCACUAUCAAAUAUUCCUGUUUUUUAUACUUAUUUUAAUUGUUAUUCAAUAAGUAAGUAAUUUAAUAUUAUUUCAUACUGUUAUCAUUACUAAGUGAACUGUACAUCGCAAUAGUCACUUAUAUUUGUGUAUAUAUACAUAUAUGUGUGUUAUUUCUGUUUGUUAGAUUAUUAUUAUUAUUAUUAUUUCAUAACCUUUUUGGGAUUACAUUAUGAGAAUCACCUUUUUAGCAUGUGUUUUCCUUUAGUCCCACUUCAUAUCCCUAUUUCCGCGUAAACAUAACUAGAGUUACUACUACUAUUACUACUACAUCGAGUACUACUAUUGCAACUACUCAGAAUUUCACAACACAUGAAUCUUUAUUACCGCAUCAGUUUUAUUCUAUAGUGGUUCAAAUGUAAGUACUUGUUAUUAUCAUCUCUCUCUUUGUAUUCAUUCCUGCAGUUUGUCUUACUGAUUUUUCUGAAUUCUACCGUCAACUUAUCCUGUUGUUCUCUGGUCUACACACUUCUAGAUUCUACUAUUAAAUAAAUGUAACAGAUAUAAUACGCCAAUAUAUAACCAUAUUUGUUUCCUUUUAGAGGGCUCGGAUUUCUUAUUGUCUACCCGUUUUAUUUAUUAAAGAUUGUGUGUGCGCCUACAAACAGUCGUUAUUUAUCAUUAUCAUUAACACCAGUGUAGAUGUUAUUUUCAAAUAUUAUUACUUAUCAAUUCAGACUUUUAGUUUGUGUAUUCUUUUAUUCACUGAGUAAUAUCAGAGGAUUGACUGUUUUGUUUUUCCUUCUUGGUGGUAUUAAUGUUUGUAUCCUGUUUCUUAUUUUCAUUUGUUUUAUUCCUUGAACCAACACUCAACACUGCUGUCCUCUGUCUAUUAUUAUCAUUAUUAUCAAUUAUAGACAUUUUUCAAAUUGAACAAGAGGUGUACAUGUAUAAAUAUACAUCAUGUCCACUAUUAUCUAAUUUUCUCUUUUGUUACUUCAUUGAGCAAAUAUGAGUUCUCGUUUUUUGUGUGUUGUUCUGUUCCAUUCACUCUUUUGUUCUGAUUGGUUAACAAUUGCUCUGUUUCACUUAUUUCCUAGUAGUAGUAAUAUCGGUGGUAGUAGAGGUUGGAACCCUCACUACUCCUGUACUCCCACCAUUGUGAUUAUUAUUGUUGCCACCCACGAGUUUGUUAGCUAUCAAUAAGUUUCAUUUUCGUUAUUAUUAACAUAAUUAUUUCCUUGUUGUCAUUUUGAUAUAAAAUAACAAAAAGACCAUUGGUGAAUGGCAUAUCCUGUUUAGAUUUUAUUCAAUGAAUGUUUUAAAUUAACUUGUCCUGUAACUAUCACAUAUACACAACCGACUUAUAUACAAUUUUCUGUCUGUUCCCACUUUUAAAAGUAGAAUUCCUCCUUGGUUUAUUUGUUUGUUUGAUUCAUUCGAUUAAUCGAUGAGUCAAUUGAUUUAUUGGUUUGUAUACUAGACAUUCAUCAUGAUGAUCUAUCUAUACAAACACCAGUUUGUAAAAUUCUUCUUGUGUGUUACUUGUUUUAUUUGUUUUUUUUUUGAGGGGUCCACUCCGUUUUUUUUGUUCUUUUGAGAUUUGAUUUAGUAAAUUUACCUAAUAUCCUCGUUCUGU